AUACCACCAGUCAAAGUAAAAACAUAAAUUCAGCAUUCAUCAAAAAAUCAAAACCGAUAAUAAAAAAGAAAGCGAAAAAUAAACCCUCGCCCAAGAUCGAAACGGAGCGUUUUGGGAACAAAACUUUGGUACUGAGGAGGAAGAAGAUGGAGCAAAGCUUCACCUUCUUCUUCUCUUAUUGAUCGUUUCAUGGCCUCCUCUCAGGCCCAACAUCGCUGUGUCUUCGUUGGGAAUAUACCGUAUGAUGCAACGGAAGAACAGCUUAUUGAAAUCUGCCAGGAAGUUGGUCCUGUUGUUUCUUUCAGAUUAGUUAUUGAUAGAGAAACUGGGAAGCCAAAAGGUUAUGGAUUUUGUGAGUAUAAGGAUGAAGAGACAGCUUUAAGUGCUCGUAGGAAUCUUCAGGGCUAUGAUAUUAAUGGGCGUCAAUUACGUGUUGAUUUUGCCGAAAACGAUAAAGGAAACGAUAGAAAUAAAGAUCAGGGUCGCGGAGGACCAGGAAUGACGCCAAUUGUUGAUCCUCAGAAACAAGUAGGUAUCCCAGCUGUCCAAGGGGAAUCUGCUCAAGCAGCUCAACACCAACCUAUUGGUCUUCAUUUUGCCGUAACAGUUGCAGCUGUCAUGACUGCAGCUCUUGGUGGUGCUCAGACUGGCAUCCAGUCAAAUCAAAAUGGUUUGCAAAAUCAGUCAGCAUUGACAAAUGAUCCUUUAACUUUGCAUCUGUCCAAAAUGUCCAGGAGCCAGCUGACUGAGAUAAUCUCUGAGGUUAAGGGAAUGGCUACACACAACAAGGAGUUGUCCCGUCAGCUGUUGCUUUCAAGACCACAGUUGCCCAAGGCUCUUUUUCAGGUAUAAACUUUUCUCCCAUAUCGUUCCUGUGUACAUUAAUGCAAGCACA